UCAGAGCAGUCUCAGAUUCAAAACACCAGAGUGAAUUCUUCUUCCACUUGUCAGAGGCCUUCUCCUCAUCACGCCUCCAUCUCCAGGCCACUCCUUCCAUGGAAAGGCCUAGACGAAGAGGAAAGAGGUCUAGAAAGACAGCUCUGCCCACUUCGACCAGUACCUUCAUCUGCUCAGCAUCAGCUGCUGGAAAUCCCAUGGCCUGGGCUUGCAGGUUCUUUGGCCUCUGGCUUGUCCUCUUCUGUGUUUGUGUUUCAGGCCACCCAAAACCAAGGAAUCCUGGAAGACAAGAUGUUCGGAACUGUUCCACCAACCCGCCGUACCUUCCAGAGACUGCAGUCAACACCACAGUGCAGCUCACAGCCCUCCGCAAGCAGAUGCAGACCCAUAAUAUCUUAGCAUACAUCAUUCCCGACACAGAUGCCCACAUGAGUGAAUACAUCAGUGAACACGAUAAGAGGCGUGCAUGGAUGACAGGCUUCACGGGGUCUACAGGAAACGCGGUAGUGACUAUGAAGAAAGCAGCUGUCUGGACUGACAGUCGUUAUUGGACCCAGGCUGAGCGGCAGAUGGACUGCAACUGGGAACUCCAUAAGAAAGUUGGCGUCUCUCCCAUUGUCACCUGGCUCCUUGCUGAGAUUCCCGUGGAUGGGCAAAUAGGCUUCGACCCCUUCCUCUUCUCCAUUGACACAUGGACGAAAUAUAACCAGACCCUCGAAGGGUCUGGUAGAACGCUGAUAUCCAUUACUACCAAUCUUGUGGAUGUGGUGUGGGGAUCACAGAGACCUCAGUUUCUCAACACCCCCAUUUAUGCCUUGCAAAAGGAAUUCACAGGAAGUACCUGGCAGGAGAAAGUAUCUAACAUACGCAGCAAAAUGCAGACACAUGCUUUGGCCCCAACUGCAGUCCUUCUGUCAGCACUUGAUGAGACAGCCUGGCUCUUCAACCUUCGGAGCAAAGACAUCCCCUAUAACCCUUUCUUCUAUUCCUACACGCUACUCACCAAGAACUCCAUCAGGUUAUUUGCGAACAAGAGUCGUUUAAGCUCAGAGACCCUGCAGUAUCUCAAUGCUAGCUGCACGGAUGCCAUGUGUGUGCAAAUUGAGGCAUAUAACCAAGUCCGUGACAGUGUCCAGGCCUAUGUCUCGGGAGAUGUGCUAAUUUGGAUUGGAACCAGUUAUACCAACUAUGGGCUCUAUGAAGUGAUACCCAAGGAGAAGCUCGUGAAAGACAUCUACUCCCCAGUGAUGACAACCAAGGCAGUGAAAAACAGCAAGGAGCAGGCCCUACUCAGGGCAGCCCACGUGCGGGAUGCAGUGGCUGUGAUUCGAUACUUAUGCUGGCUGGAGAAGAAUGUGCAGAAAGGCAAUGUGAACGAGUUCUCGGGGGCAGAGUUGGUGAACAAAUUCCGAAGAGAAGAAAAGUACUCCUCUGGAAUCAGUUUUGAAACCAUAUCUGCUUCUGGUUUGAAUGCUGCCCUGGCCCACUACAGCCCAACCAAGGAGCAGCACCGCAACCUCUCCAUAAACGAGAUGUACCUGCUGGAUUCUGGGGGCCAAUACUGGGAUGGAACCACUGACAUCACUAGAACGGUCCACUGGGGAACCCCCUCUCACUUACAAAAGGAGGCGUAUACACGUGUGUUGAUGGGAAAUAUUGAUCUGUCCAGACUCAUCUUUCCUGCUUUUACAUCAGGGUAUGCAGUGGAAAACAUUGCCCGCAAAGCCUUGUGGGAAAUCGGACUCAAUUAUGGUCAUGGGACUGGUCAUGGCAUUGGCAACUUCCUGUGUGUACACGAGUGGCCAGUGGGAUUCCAGUACAACAACAUAGACAUGGCCGAGGGCAUGUUCACAUCUAUCGAACCUGGCUUCUAUAAAGAUGGAGAAUUUGGGAUCCGUAUUGAAGAUGUUGCCCUUGUGGUAAAAGCAAAAACCAAGUACCCAGGAGAAUUCCUGACCUUUGAAGUGGUGUCCUUAGUACCCUAUGACCGGAAUCUUAUUGAUGUCAAAUUGCUGUCUUCUGAGCAGCUCCAGUACCUGAACCACUACUAUCAAACCAUCCGGGAGAAGGUGGGCCCAGAGUUGCAGCAGCGCCAGCUACAAGAGGAGUACAAGUGGCUGCAGAAACACACAGAGCCACUGUCUGCAAGAGCCCCGCACACUGCCUCCUUGGCCUCACUGUUGGCCAUUUGCACUCUAGCCAUCCUUGGCUAGAGUGUGUAGAUGUUUGGGGCUCCUCUAUUGACCCCCCCUACUCAUAUCCCUCCACCUGUGCCCCCAAUGUUCCAGUCAGCCCAAUGAAUGGCUGGAGGGUGGUCCCAUCAUUAACAUAAAUAGGCAACAGUGGAGCUAGAGAGGCUGAGGAAGGAUGGAUUGGAGAUGGGCUAGCCUGUUGCUUUGGCCUGAGUGAUAGGGUUCAGUCUCGAGACCGCCUGCUCCUGAUUCUCACCUCUUCUCCUGUGGUCCAGCAACAUGCAUAAAGA